AUUAUUCAGUGAUAUCUUAUGAAGAAAUGCCACUACCAUUAGCUCUACAACAAAGAUUGCAAAAGAGAGGAUUAAUUACCAACAAUAGCAUUGAAAAACAAUUGGAAGAAGUUAUUGCUGAAGAUUAUGAUGACAACCGGUUUGAUGGUAAAAGUGGUCAAUGUGUAAGAGGAUGUCCAAACAAGUAUAACAUAUAUCAUGAUUGCACCGCUUAUUGUCAUAAAAGAUAUUCAGAUAUCAAUGAAGAGCCAUCACCUAAAACACAGAGAAAAUAUCAAAAACUUGUAAAAAGAUAUCCAUUGCCUGAGGGUUGGCAAGAAGUUUAUGAUCCGGGAGUAAAAUGUUUCUACUAUUGGAAGAUAUCGACUGAUGAGGUUUCGUGGUUUCCUCCACAUCAUCCAAAAGCUCGUAUAUCUAUGUCUGCUGAUAAACUAAGAACAUUAUUAAGAGAUGACGACGACGAGGACCAAGAGGGUGAUGGAGAUGACUCUGACUCUAAUUCUCAAAUGUCUUACAACUCAAAUGAUGAUUCAGAUAGUGAUUCUAACAAUUUGUUUAAAAAUGAAAGUAAAUCAAUUGAAAGAGAUAGAGAAAGACGAGCGAAGACACGUAUUGUUAGAAAAAAUAAUAGUUUAGAUCCAAUGGAUCCGUCGUCAUAUUCGGAUAUACCUCGAGGAAAGUGGUCAGAUGGUCUUCAAAGCAAAGGAGAGGCCAAAAGUGGUGUCGAUUCAACCGCUUCGGGACCACUGUUCCAACAGAGACCAUAUCCGAGUCCGGGAGAUGUUCUCAGACUUAACAAAGAAAAACGUAAAAGAAAUAGAAAUCAUAGCAAUGAUGAAGACUAAUACAUCUGA